UAAAUUAAUUUGAUUUAGAUUUUAUCUCAUCGACAAAAUCGAUGCAAAACCGAAUCUUGAACGCCCAAAAUUUAUGUAAGAAGGCCUAAAUUUAAAUUGAUAAAGGGUGUAAUAGUGUUAAGGGAGCGGCUACUUAUGUAAAGGACGGUGAUAUUAGUGCAAAUUAGCGUAAUUUUGUAGUGUCAUCAAAGCCCAACUCGAACACAAGAACAAAGCAUGAAGCGACGUCGUAACUUACUAAUGACGACUCAUAGCGAUCUCCAUUCUCCAGCAGCUGUUCUUUGAGAUCUCCGCGUGCACAUGUUUGAACUUCUGUUGUGUGCAUUACUUUCAUUCCCAGUGCUUUACACAGUUCUUGAAACGUUCAGUUUGAUCAGAAAGAGUUGGGAUAAUUGCACACUCAAUAUGGCUGCUUCUGCUUAUCCCAAAGCAAUGCACUUCACGAGUUGCAGCUGUGUUGCUACCAACGUGGGCUCUAGGAACUUCUUGGUCUCAUCUUCAUCUGGGAGUCUUAAAAUGAAACCGGUUUUUAGAAAAGAAAGAUGCAGUUUGAGGCAGUCCUUAAACUGCGUGGGGUAUUCAUCAAAUUCAUCUUUCUGUGCUAUUAAGCCAAUUUUCUCCUCAUUGUCAAAUACCAAUGAUUCACAGAGAACAGUAUCUGAAUCUUACUUGAUCUUAAUACGGCAUGGAGAAUCAAUGUGGAACGAAAAGAAUCUGUUCACUGGUUGUGUAGAUGUGCCACUUACCAGUAAAGGAAUAGAAGAAGCAAUCGAAGCCGGUAAGAGAAUUAGACAACUACCCAUUGAUGUCGUCUACAUCUCUGCAUUGAUUCGUUCUCAGAUGACGGCCAUGCUUGCUCUUACAGAGCACCACUGCAAGAAGGUUCCCAUUAUUGUACACAAUGAGACUGAACAAGCCAAAGUAUGGAGUCAAAUUUAUAGUGAAGGCACUGAGAUGCAAUCUGUUCCUGUUAUUAAAGCAUGGCAACUGAAUGAGAGGAUGUACGGGGAACUUCAAGGGUUUAAUAAGCCGGAAACAGCUGAAAGAUGCGGGAAAGAGCAAGUUUAUAAAUGGCGCCGAAGCUAUGAUGCUCGGCCACCCAACGGUGAGAGCUUGGAAAUGUGCUUGCGAAGAGCUGUUACCUAUUUCAAAGAGCAAAUUGAACCCCAACUUUCCAGUGGAAAGCAUGUAAUGGUAGUAGCUCAUGCAAAUUCAUUGAGGUCCAUCCUAAUGUAUCUCGAUAAAUUGACUGCUGAGGAGGUUAUCCACUUAGAACUUUCAACCGGAGUGCCAAUGCUGUACAUAUAUAAGGAAAAUCAUUUCAUCAGGAGAGGAAGCCCUUUGGGAUCUAUGGAGGCUGGAGUUUAUGCUUAUACAGAGAAUUUGGCCUUGUACAAGCAAAACCUAUUAGAUGAAGUGCUAGAUGAAGUGUCGUUAUAACUUUUGCUCCCAAAAAGAAAAGGCUAUAAUGCUAGCUUAAAUAUCUUCAUGUCGCUGGAAGUUCUUUGAGUUGUUGAGUCAUCAAUAAUCUGGAGAAACACCAGAGCCAAGAUAGAAGACAUUUUUUGUAAGUACAUGCCGCGACAGUCAAUUUAUAGCAUUUUCAACACAAAGUGGGCCCCUUGUAAUGGUUCAAAUGAAUACGCCCGUGGGGAUCUGGCAACAACAUGAGAUCUUCUUACGGUAUCAGAUCGAAAGAUGAUUCUACUUGCCUGUUUCCAGCUAUCCUCAUCAGUGGAGCUAGGUGAAUUCACUUUAUGAUCCGUUAGCCAGAGCUGCUCCCAUUUACAAUUGAUGUUUGUUUUCUUUGGAGGGUUUGAGUUGCAUAUUAGGUUGAGAGUACAAGAAAAAUAUUUGUUGGCAACAACAGGUUUCAGAAUUUCUUUUUCUUGGUCUUAGAAGAUCACUUCUAUAUGUUUAUUAAUGAUAUAUUCUUUUGUUUUGCCAUGUA